GAAACUUGCCAUUUAGGGGUGGGGGACAGCGAAUGACCUAGUACAGCACGGCAGGGUCUUUAGCCCGACCCAUAGGGCGGCCCGAGGAGGUCCCCACCUAUGAAUUCUGUCCCAGUCGGCGCGUCACAACCUCUGUCUCCAAAUUUUUUCCAACACACGCGCUCCUUUUCUAGGAAGCCAGAGUUCGCUCAGCGCACGGAUCCCGACGUUCUAGGUUCCCCGGGGUGGUCUCAGUUGGUGCAAACAGGCAGCAAGCCCUGGUGACUGCUUCUUUUUCUCCUUUCAUACAAGCAGAGCUUCGGUGUUGUCCCCAGAGCCUCCGAAGUUCUCUGUCCAGCCGCACCCAUGCUUCUGGCGCGAAUGAACCCGCAGGUGCAGCCGGAGCUCGGCGGGGCGGACCCGCUUCCUGAGCAACCCCUGGGGCCCUGCAAAACCGCGGAUAUGCUGGUGGUGAAGGAGCGCAACGGCGUCCAGUGCCUCCUGGCGUCCCAGGAUGGGGACGCGCAGCCCCGGGAGACUUGGGGCAAGAAGAUUGAUUUCCUGCUGUCUGUGGUCGGCUUCGCGGUGGACCUGGCCAACGUGUGGCGCUUCCCCUAUCUCUGCUACAAGAAUGGUGGUGGUGCCUUCCUGAUCCCAUACACGCUCUUCCUCAUCAUCGCUGGCAUGCCCCUGUUCUACAUGGAGCUGGCUCUGGGGCAGUACAACCGGGAAGGGGCGGCCACUGUGUGGAAGAUCUGCCCGUUCUUCAAAGGAGUGGGCUACGCUGUGAUCCUCAUAGCCCUUUAUGUCGGGUUUUACUACAACGUCAUCAUUGCCUGGUCACUCUACUACCUCCUUGCAUCUUUCACCUUGAACCUUCCUUGGACCAACUGUGGCCAUGCCUGGAACAGUCCCAACUGCACUGACCCCAAUCUCCUCAAUGCCUCCGUGCUGGGCGACCAUACCAAGUACUCCAAAUACAAGUUCACACCGGCUGCAGAGUUUUAUGAACGGGGUGUCCUGCACCUGCAUGAGAGCAGUGGGAUCCAUGACAUCGGCCUGCCUCAGUGGCAGCUGCUGCUCUGCCUGAUGGUCGUCAUCAUUGUCUUGUAUUUCAGCCUCUGGAAAGGAGUGAAGACAUCGGGCAAGGUCGUGUGGAUCACAGCUACCCUACCUUACUUUGUGCUAUUUGUGCUCCUGGUCCAUGGUGUCACACUGCCUGGUGCCUCCAACGGCAUCAACGCCUACCUGCACAUUGACUUCUACCGCCUCAAAGAGGCCACGGUAUGGAUUGAUGCUGCAACCCAGAUAUUUUUUUCCCUGGGGGCUGGAUUUGGAGUCUUGAUUGCAUUUGCCAGUUACAAUAAAUUUGACAACAACUGUUACAGGGAUGCCCUGCUGACCAGCACCAUCAACUGUGUUACCAGUUUUAUUUCUGGGUUUGCCAUCUUCUCCAUCCUUGGUUACAUGGCCCAUGUACAUAAGGUCAAGAUUGAGGAUGUUGCCACUGAAGGAGCUGGUCUUGUGUUUAUCCUGUAUCCAGAAGCCAUCUCUACUCUGUCGGGAUCCACAUUCUGGGCUGUUCUGUUCUUCUUGAUGCUCCUGGCUCUGGGGCUAGACAGCUCAAUGGGAGGCAUGGAAGCAGUCAUCACAGGACUGGCCGAUGACUUCCAGGUCCUGAAGAGACACCGGAAACUCUUCACAUUUGGUGUCACAAUCAGCACCUUCCUUCUGGCCAUGUUUUGUAUAACCAAGGGAGGAAUUUAUGUACUCACUCUGCUGGACACCUUUGCAGCAGGCACCUCCAUUCUGUUUGCGGUGCUGAUGGAAGCCAUUGGGGUAUCCUGGUUUUAUGGUGUGGACAGAUUCAGCAAUGACAUCCAACAGAUGAUGGGGUUUAAGCCAGGCCUGUACUGGAGGCUGUGUUGGAAGUUUGUGAGCCCCGCCUUCCUCCUGUUUGUGGUGGUGGUCAGCAUCAUCAACUUCAAGCCACUAACCUAUGAUGACUACAUCUAUCCUCCCUGGGCCAACUGGGUUGGGUGGGGCAUUGCCCUCUCAUCCAUGAUCCUGGUACCUGCCUAUAUCAUCUACAAGUUCUUCAGCAUCCGGGGCUCCCUUUGGGAGAGACUGGCCUAUGGAAUCACACCGGAGAAUGAGCACCACCUGGUGGCCCAGAGAGAUGUGAGACAGUUCCAGGUAGAUGCAGAGUUCACCUUGGGUUGUGGGGGGCAGGAUGUGUUGCGGCACUGGCUGACUAUCUGA